UGGCCUCAUAUAGGUGAGUCCGCCUGCGGUUGUUGUUCACAUUCAGGUGAUCUGCGGGCACGCGGAGGACAUCAUGGGGAAGCUGGUGGAGUUCGACAUCGAGUUCGACAAGAACAAAGUGGUGUACAGCCCGGGAGAGUCCAUCUCCGGAACCGUGCGGGCCAAACUGAGCCAGGCGAUCCAGUGCAAAGCCAUCAAAGUGAACUGCAAUGGUUUCUGUGGCAUCACCAGCAAAGAAAAUGACACGGCGUGGACGGUGGAGGAGCAGUACUUCAACAGCACCGUUUCUGUUGCAGACAAAGGAACCCUGAAAGAGGGGGAGCACGUCUUUCCAUUCAAGUUUCUAAUAUCAGCCACCGCGCCGACUUCGUUUGAGGGCACCUAUGGGAGGAUCAUUUACCGAGUGCGAGCUUUCAUUGAAACGCCGCGCUUUUCUAAGGACUACACUGCAGAGAAACCCUUCUACCUGCUCAGCCUCCUCAACCUCAACGAAAUUCCAGAUGUUUGGGGCAUCAACUCUUCUGAAGUGACUCAGCAGUUCUCGUACAUGCUGAUGAAAACGGGCACCAUAGACCUGAGGGCCCAAACAGACAUGAAGGGCUACACUCCCAGCCAGGUGAUCCAGGUGAAGGCCAACGUCCACAACCAGUCAGGGAAGAGCACAGGCAACAUCUCCGCCAGCCUGGUGCAGAGAGUGACCUAUGAGAUGAAGAAGCCGAUCCACGACAUUAAAACCAUCGCCCAGGUUGAGGGCGGAACGGUGAAGGGGGGCAAAGAGAUGGAAUGGACGGAGCGGAUCAUCAUCCCUCCUCUUCCUCAGUCCUCGCUGGCUGGCUGUGAGCUCAUAAAGAUUGAUUAUUACGUCAAAGUCAGCCUGAAGUCUCCUGAAGUCGCUCUGACGUUACCCAUCCACAUCGGCAACGUCUCACUCAGCAAGAAGCAGCGCUCUACAAAAAAACAAGAGGCUCCUCCCUCCUCUGUGGAUGCACCGGACAGCAAACCCUCUUCCUCCUCCUCAUCGCCCUCGUUGCCUUCCCGCCCCGCACCAAAACCGGCUCCCCGUCCCACGCCGCGCUCUAGAAUGUCCAGCCACAGCACCCCCAGUGCUCCUCCUGUGGAUUACCACAGUGGAGCAGAAGGUGGGGACUUGACAAGCGAAGACUUGAACAAGCGCCAGUCUCAGGUGGUGUUGCCAAACGCUUUCAGCUAUGCCCCGGGCCUCCUCUUCCCCCAUAACCAACAGCCCAACGGGCCAGCAGCGGUGCCACAGGGGACUCCUGGGGCUUCACUUUAUCCCCCCCUGAACACUGGCGGCUCAGUGGCUGCACCGUUCAUCCUGCCUCCAGACUACGGCACCUCCUCUUAUCCUCAAGAGGCUCCGCCUUCCUAUAAUGAGAGCUGCAACACCUGAGGCAGACCUGUGAGCAGCGCCAUCAGCUCACCGUUUGAAAGAAGAGCUGACUUCAAGUGAAACUGCUGAAACAAGAGUGCUUUGGUUGUAAAUAAUAACAGACUUGAACAAGACGGUAACGAACAGCAGAGAUCCGUCUGUUGCCUCGCGGACGGAGGACGUUUGAAGGUUUUGAUUGGAACGGAAGGUGAGCUGAAGUGGAACCUGUAGCAUCGUACAUCGGCCAACUUUCCCACCCAGACGCCGUUUUUCUUUCUGUUUCCUUAAAUCAAGUUAUCCCGUUUGGAAAAAGAAGACAGAGCAGUUUUGGUUCUUUGGUUGUUCAGGAAUGAAUGUUUUUAGAUGUUUAAAAUCCCGUCCCUGGCAUCUGUGAUGUCAUGUUUGAUAGUUUUAUGAGGAGGUGUUAAGCUCUGUGUAUUCAGAUACGUUUUAUCUUAAACUGAAUUCCCUUAAACAGAACUAUAAUCAUCGUUGAGUUGUUGGAUGAUUCAGAGAAAUAAUUCCAGAUUAGAACAGUUGAGAGCCCAACAUUAAUAAAGUACGGAUUGUUUUUUUCUCUCAUGUUUGUUCUGUUCUUGCAGGUUAUUUUUACAUUUGAAUUAUUUUGAUAUCUACUGAGCAUCACUGUGAUUAGGUUUUAUUUUCUUCUAAUGUAUGUACAAGUGGAAAUCAUUAACAGUUUAUCAUACUUGUUUAGAGCGUUGAUUUCUAUUGGCUUUGUGAGAUCUAUUAAGCAGCCUGAAAGGUAUAUUUAUUUUGUUUGAAAUGCUGUCCAGCUCCUCUUUGUAUUUCAAUAAACCAAUGGAACCAUCAGUUUAAA